AUGCCAAAACCCUCUGAUGUGAUGAUAACCGUGCCAGUAUACCAGCAACAGCAGUAUGAUGUCUCCAGGUUCCUGAUAACCAAGCCACUGGCUUUGGGGAUUUUGGAAAUAUUUUUAGCCUUAUUGGGACUCUGUUUGACAAUCUGGAAUGAGAGUUUUUUUCUUCUCUGGUCACCAAUCAGUUUCACUUUAACUGCAGUUAUUACAGUCUUGGCAGCAAGCACAUGUAAACCAUGUCUGGUCAAAUCCUCACAAAUGCUCAGCUAUCUAAAUGCGGCAGCAGCUGCUCUGUCUCUCCGCUUUCACUUUUAUUACAUUUGGGGUGUGUCCUGCUUUCUCCUUCUGGCCUGUGAUACUCUCAUCUUCAUCUUCUCUGUUCCUGUUGCUUUAACCUCCUGUUCCUGUUGCUGCAGACCAAAGUCAAGACAUGUUGAGGUCAGUUAUAUGAACGCAGAUUUGCCUGUCAACCAUAUUGUGCUAAUGGGCCAGCCGGACUCCUCUGCAGUGGUACAGUCCGUUAGUUCAGUCAUGUACAUGCUGCCAGCAGCACAUGGCUUAGUCCCACCUGCGCCUCUGCCAAAUUACAGUCCAGUACCAACUCUACCUCCACCAGCCUACGACCAGGUCUCAGCUGCACCUCCACCAAACUACGGUCCAGUCCCAAGUGCACCUCCACCAGCAUAUGAGUAUGAAGAUUUACAGACCAGAAGAUGAACUAAAUCUCAGACACAAAUAGGGAUAUUUGAUGUUUACACGAUGGAUUAU